AUGGGUUAUUUUGUAGUUGAUUUCGGCCUUGUCCUCCACCAACAAUCAGUUUCACUUAAGCCUUUGGUCGACCAAGCUCGAAACCAAAACUCAAACGGAACUAAGACACAACAUGCGCUUGAUUUCAAUUUACAGAAUCUCCAGCAUCGCUAUUGGGCACUGAACAACUGGCAACUUGAAGCGGCUUGGCGUGGAGACCUGAUCGACAUGCCUACAGUGUCUAGUCAAAAAUUAGCAAAGUUGGACCGAGGAGACAAAAUAGCUAAAGUCUUUGCACUCAUACAAAUCCUCUAUCUACUCGUACAGAUCAUCGGUCGAAAAGUGGCGAGUCUCCCAUCAACUCAGCUGGAAAUUGCAACACUCGCCUUUGCCGUAUCAAGUUCAAUAACCUAUGUCCUUCAUUGGAAGCGGCCUCAAGGAGUUGACAGUGUUUAUAUCCUCAAGGCGAAGAAAGUCCCUACUUUGGAACUGGUCACGGAAAUUGCUAGUUGCGGAGCAACGUAUGUGUGGGCGAAGAAUAGGACCCCGAAAAACAUUGGAACAGGAUUCGAAUUGGAUCUUGCUCCUUUCCCAAAUGAUGGGGGUAAUUACACAGCCCUGGAGGGCGACUUCUCAAGAAAGGUCUGGGACCGUCCUGGGGGCAACUACGAGAUUCUAUCCCAAGGUCUUGGUGCUAUGGUCGGUGGUAUACUGUUCGGUGGAUGUCAUUGUAUUGCAUGGAAUUUCCAACAUCGAUCGAACAACUUGGGUGGAAGAUCUCCUCCAUCUUAAUAAGCUUUUUGCCAGUGCUAGC